AUGCUGCGUACCCUUGGAAGAUGUCUACAUUUGGCCGCGUCACAUCCGCUUCCGCAUCAACAAUACACAAAUAAAAGAAUACUAUACCGUUUUUACUGCCCACAAGAGAGCACCACUCCAGUCCCUUGCCCAAAGGGAACCUAUGGCCCACCUGCUGAUGGCGUCUCCCCGGACAGCUGUCUAAAGUGUCCCCCGCAACAUUACUGUCCUCGGCCAGGCCUGUUUGCUCCUUUGUCCUGCGGGCCUGGAGCUCGGCAGCCUUUUUCCGGCCAGGAGACAUGUCUCUGUCUUGGAGAGGGGCAGAGCUUUCAGAGCAGCGACGGGCAGUGCCAAUGUACCCUCGACUAUCAACCUGGCAACCAUGAAGGUGUGUGCGUCCACAAAGUGUACAGCAUCUGCAGGGAUGGAAAAACACGCACGCAACACGGAGAUUGUCUGGACCGACAGGAGUGGUCACUUCAUUGCCGGCAGCAGGUGUGUCAAACUACAGAGGACUAUGAGGGCUACGACGGCGAGCUGGGUCUGUGUGUGUGCACUGAGCCUCCUGGGAGAGCUGCGUGUGGGGGCCUGUGCAGGAGCAGGCCCGCAACUGCGUUGAGGCUUCGGUGCAGAUCCAGAGGUGAACUGGAGCUGAUACUGGGCUCUGGCACUCUGGUGUCAGGCGUCUCCAGCUCUGCCCUCGCCUCGGUCUUUAAACAGUGGGACUCCCACGGGAUCCUGCAGUGCAGCAGCCAUCUAUUCUCCUCACAUCCCGUCUACAUUGUUCAGACAAACGAAGCAGGCUUUCUUGGAGUCCUCAGCGGGAUUCCGGAGGAACUUGAGGAAUUGGUUUUACUCACCGAGCUGCAGGGAGCUCAGAGCCAAGACGAUUCUACCUUUCUGCAGAAGAGCCAUGCAAUGGCAAAUAUCAGCAGUGAUGGUGAAGAUUCAAGCAGGAGUAAAAAGGCAAAACGCCUGACUGGAAUUCUGAACCCGACAGUAUGUCUCCACCUGGGUGAUGUUCUACUGUUCAGUGUCAACACUCAGCACUAUCCUCAGUAUGAUAAUGAUAAUCUGUACAACACAAACAAUGAUUUUGACUGGGGUGCGUUUAGAAAACUAAAAGAGGAGCUGACGUUAUCCUGGACACCUCCCAGCUUCUUCUCGCUCAUCUUUAGCCAGCCUGGAGUGUAUGCGUUUACACUGAGCAGCCAUCCGCACAAACAUUUGUAUGUGCGGGUGAUGCCUGUAGGCGGACAGUGUUAUGAGCCCGGACCCUUUUUUUCCACUAUUCCUCGUCACAUGACCAGAGUGGGCAUCAGGAAGAGAAGAAACCUCCUUCUGCGUCCCGAUUGGCUGGUGACAGGAGGACUUUUAUUUGGAGCUGCGGUCAUCUUAUGUUUGUGCGUGACAGUCUUGAUCCUUUUCCAUGAGUACGGAUGGCCAGAGAAAAAGCCAAUCAGGGCUCAGUAUCACAUACAGCAGAUGACAUACCACAUGGACGACUACGCGUCAAAAGGUUCAAGGGUGAUCUCACAAAGGAAGAUUCACCGAAAACAAGCUACAAUGACGCUUGGCUCCAUUCAACCGGACUCGUUGGAGGAGUUCUGGGACUACGAGCACCAGGUGGAUCUGGAGGCCUUUAGCAGCAACACUUUCUAUAGCCUGCUGCUUAAACACAGCCUGACAGUCACCACUCGGCUGGGACAGCUCACCACCGAGGUGAAGGAGCUUUACCAGGGUGUUUUUGACAAACUGGGUCUUCUGCACCCACGCUCGCUGGACGAGGAGAGCACGGUAGAUGGUCAUGAGAAGACGAGGAGAGAAGUGGAGAAGGAGGUGGUCCGAAGGAGAUCUUUGGCCGCUCAGUUGAGGACUUUGCUCGACAGUCAACUCCAGGCUCUGAGGCGAGAGCAGCAGGCCCAGCAGAGGGUCCACAGUGUGUUCACAGCUCAGGUUCGAGAAUGCACCAGAAUACUGGGCAAGGUCCACGCCAAUAACCACGCGUUAUAUGGACAAAGCCAUCAAAAUUUGAUUCAGCGGUUGAGGUCUGCAGUGGCUGAGUUGGAGGAGCUGGUGUCAGCAGAGUGCCGGCGUCAGGGAUCCUGGGGGCUCUUGGGUGAAGGCACAGGGGCCAAGCUGCUGUGUCCUGACUCGGGCUCUGUGCUCAGUAAAGAUGCUCUUUUUGGUUCUGAUGGCUCCCUGGUAGACUGUUGUCCCCUUCAUUAUGAUGCAGUCACAGGCCUAAUAAGACCAAACGCCCACAGCCAUAUGUUACUGUCAAGUGGUCACACUAUGGCGGUUCCUCCGGAUUUCUUCCUUCAUCCACACACCGGCCACCUUUUGCCCAUUGCUGGAAACGUCGCCUACGACCCUGAAAGCUCCACUUUGGUGAUUACAACCGAUUCAUGCGCAGGAGAUACCAAGACAUGGGAAAGUCCUCUUAUUCCCUUCAUUCCAUACCCAACAUCUUGCCAUUCAAACCAGCCUCUGCCCAGCGUCCGGCUCAGAGGCCUCCGACCAGGCCAAAAACUGCAGCUAGGUGCGCCCAUGACAGACCCUGACACAGGGGUCCCAGUGCCCAUUCUAGCUGUAACCAUCCACCCACACACUGGUCUGGUUUACCCUUUGGGAAAGACGCACAUCUGCCCCAUCACCCGCAUGCUGCAACCCGUUCAGGUGGGCUAUCCCAUGCUGGAUCCCCGGACAGGGAAUGUUGUGCUGACUGCUGGGGUCAGUCUAGAUCCAGUGACAGGAGUGGUUCUGCCAGUAUGUGGAGCCCUGCUGGGCGAGUCCUUCAUUGAGCCUCUCAGUGGGCUGAUGGUGAGAGUGGGAGGUGCGAGCAUCCGGGCCGGGCAGCUGGUGCCUCAUGCAGGAGGAUAUCAGACCCUUCUCGACAGCAUGGUUUUGACUGCAAUGUUGAAAAUAGUGAAGCUCUUGAGGCCCCUAAAUGAAGAGUGGGGUUCAGACCUGACUUUGCAGCUCCAUAUGAGAGGAGAGCGGGGGCAGAGUUGUCAGGAUGGUGUUGGUGCAGCGAGCCAGGAGCUCCAUUCGCACUGGAGGAGGAGUCAGCACUGCCAGCUGCAGGUGCAAACUAGGCUGGAGAUCCUGCUGGACACCACUAUGCGUCUGCACCAAGAUGGAGGUUCACUAGUCCUCCAGUGA